AUGUUGAGAUCUGUAUUCGGGGCCAGUAGAGCUGGAGCAUUUUCCAGAAAUUUGAGUACCAAAGUACCCAAAGUGUAUCAGUUCGAGGAUAUAAAGGCACUAGUUCGUAAACCUGAUUUUCACAAGGUGUUAGUGGACGUCAGAGAGCCUAGUGAGCUUCAACAGUAUGCGAUGCCAACAGCGAUCAAUUUGCCCUUGAAAUCGGCUCCGGGCGCGCUAGGACUCUCGCCAGAAGAGUUCCAAGACGUUUUCGACCUUCAGAAACCAUCCACAAACCGCGAACUCGUUUUCUUCUGUGCGGCAGGCGUCAGGGCCAAAGCGGCUGAAGAGUUGGCACAAUCUUACGGCUACGAAAAAACAGGGAUCUAUCCAGGAUCGAUCAACGAUUGGCUAGCGAAAGGUGGCGAUAAAAUAAAGCCCGAAACCUAA